UCCGUCUCUGUGUCUCUGUGUCUGGCUGGCUGCUGUCCUGUCACCGGCCUGGGUGUGGUCUUGCAGUCAGAGUACCGUUAGCAGGAAAUCAAGCUCAGUCCAUUUCACUUUGAGGCGAAACAAAGAAAAAAACACUCUCACGCGUGUCAGGCUGUGAUACUUUCUUUCCGUGGUCGAGAUAAAAGUCACGUUCGUGUCCUCCUCACGGGAAAAGGCGUUUUUUUUGAUCGGCGCCGUUGUUCUGAUGGGAAAAAGUUUUCUGCUGGUCUCGCUAACUGAUCGUCUGAUUUACUAACUUUUUAUUUUAAUCAGAAAAGCUGAACCAGGCGGAGAAGAAGAAAGGAAAGAUGCCGAAGACGAUUAGUGUCAGAGUCACUACGAUGGAUGCUGAACUGGAGUUUGCCAUUCAGCCAAACACAACAGGAAAGCAACUCUUUGACCAGGUUGUUAAAACCAUUGGUCUGCGAGAGGUUUGGUACUUUGGACUCCAAUACCAGGAUACAAAAGGUUUCUCUACAUGGCUAAAGCUCAAUAAGAAGGUGACAGCCCAGGAUGUGAGGAAGGAAAGCCCGCUGCUGUUUAAGUUCCGUGCCAAGUUCUUCCCCGAGGACGUGACCGAGGAGUUAAUCCAGGACGCCACGCAGCGGCUCUUCUUCCUGCAGGUGAAGGAGGGAAUCUUAAAUGACGACAUCUACUGCCCUCCUGAAACAGCCGUCCUGCUGGCCUCCUACGCUGUGCAGGCCAAGUAUGCUGACUACAACAAGGAAGUCCACACGCCAGGCUAUCUGUCCAGUGAACAGCUGCUCCCUCAGAGAGUUCUGGACCAGCACAAACUCAACAAGGACCAGUGGGAGGAGAGGAUUCAAGUGUGGCACGAAGAACACAAGAGCAUGAUGAGAGAGGAAUCCAUGAUGGAGUAUCUGAAGAUCGCUCAGGAUCUGGAGAUGUACGGAGUCAACUACUUCAACAUCAAGAACAAGAAAGGAACAGAGCUGUGGCUGGGAGUGGACGCUUUGGGCCUCAACAUUUAUGAACAGAAUGACAAAAUGACGCCUAAAAUCGGAUUCCCUUGGAGUGAAAUCAGGAACAUUUCCUUCAAUGACAAGAAGUUUGUCAUUAAACCGAUUGACAAGAAAGCACCUGACUUUGUAUUCUACGCUCCGAGACUGCGCAUCAACAAGCGCAUCCUGGCUCUUUGCAUGGGAAACCACGAGCUGUACAUGCGCCGCCGCAAACCGGACACCAUCGAGGUGCAGCAGAUGAAGGCUCAGGCUCGGGAGGAGAAGAACCACAAGAAGAUGGAGAGAGCUCUGCUGGAGAACGAGAAGAGGAAACGAGAAGUUGCAGAAAAGGAAAAGGAAAAGAUUGAAAAGGAAAAGGAGGAGUUGAUGGAGAGAUUAAGGCAGAUCGAGGAGCAGACGAAAAAAGCCCAACAAGAACUGGAGGAGCAGACACAGAGGGCUCUGGAGCUGGAGACGGAGAGGAAGCGCUCUCAGGAGGACGCCGAGCGUCUGGAGACGGAGCUGAAGACGGCUGAGGACGCUAAGAUGGCUCUGCUGCAGCAGUCAGAGAACCAGAUGAAGAACCAGGAACACCUGGCAACAGAGUUGGCUGAUCUGACUUCAAAGAUUUCCCUCUUGGAGGACGCCAAGAAGAAGAAGGAAGAGGAGGCAGUGGAGUGGCAACAAAAGGCCACCACGGUGCAGGAGGACCUGGAGAAGACCAAAGAAGAGCUCAAAAACAAAGUGAUGGCGGCCCACGUCCAGGAGCCGCUCAACGCAGAGAACGAGCACGACGACGAGAACGAUGAGAGCAGCGCCGAGGCCAGCGCCGAGUUCACAGACGCCGCCACGUACAAGGACCGCAGCGAGGAGGAGCGCAUGACCGAGGCGGAGAAGAACGAGCGUCUGCAGAAACAUCUACUGGCUCUGAGCUCCGAGCUGGCCAACGCUCGGGACGAGAGCAAGAAGACGGUGAACGACAUGAUCCACGCAGAGAACAUGAAGGCCGGACGCGACAAGUACAAGACCCUCAGACAGAUCCGCUCAGGGAACACCAAACAGCGCAUCGACGAGUUCGAGUGCAUGUGAUGUGUGCGUUCGACGCCCACGCGGCUCGGCCUUUCUGCCUGGACUGCAGUCCUGCCUCACACAAGCUGUUUCCUCUGUACCCAAAUAAAUCAGAUCCACAACAUGACAUGGUUGCACAAGCACAGCACAAUGUACAAAUAUGGAUCUGGAAAAAAACUCCAUUUGUUAUCAUUCCUAACUUUGAAUUUAGGCAAGUCACUGGUUGAAAAGGGACAUACUGUAUUUUAUUAGUGCAUUCCUCAUAAGGGGUUUAUGUAGCAUAUUAGUUAUGGGCUUGUGCCUCAUUUCAUGACACAUUGAGUAAGCAUUUUUUAAAUUCCUUUAUAUACUUCUGUCAUGUUUUUGUAUCAUGAUUUUAAAUAAAAAGCCACAGAGACCAAAUUUCAGAUAGAAACUGUGCCUGUAGACAUAUUUCUGCUGUACAAACACAGCAGUUCUUUACAGCAAGCUGGAUUUUAUUUUCAGUUUGUGACAUUUCUCUGCUGCCCAUAUAGUUUAAAAACCAAAUGCACUGUUAUCUGUUUAUAAUAGAGCAGUAUUAUUUUUUCCUUUUAGAUUUACUCAUCAUUUGAGUGUAUUCUGAAUCUUUCUACUGUUACCAAUCACGCAGUAUUUACGCCCAAAUCACAAAGUGAUAUUAAAGAUCUUCAUUUAAAAUUUUUGUCUGUUUUUACAUUUCUGAACACAAAUAGUUUGCAGCUAUAAGGCUUAAUGUAAAUGUUGCCGUUAUUCUACUUGAUCCAGCAAUCACAUGGGACAUUUAAAGUUAAUUUUACUGAGUUUUAUUCUUCUGCUUUUAGUUUUUAAAUUCUGCUCAUCAGUGAGAAUGUUUUGAAGAAAAGUUUGCAUUAAUAUAACCAGUUACUGUAGUUGUCACGUUGACUUUUGUUGGUGAAAAAAAUGCCAAUAAAGUCAUCUGCAAAGGUAAAAGUUUUAGCUUAAUCUUACAUACUCUUUUCUCAAAACCUUCAUAGAAUUUGAUGCAUAGAGUAAAAUAAUUUUAAUUAAGAAACAUGCACUGGAAAACCAUAGCGUACAUUUGCGAAAUGAGUCAAUAGGGCCCCAGAUGGGCAAUAUUUCCAAUGCAUGCAUUUUUGAUAUACUGUAUGUAUUUAAUUACAUUGUGUAUUUUGUAAUCUGGGUUUUUCAGAAGUGAUAGGAUUAUGUAAGGUGGAAAACAGACGCCACCGAGGAUAUUUUUGUAUUAUAAAAUCUAGAAGUUUGUGUCGAAGAGGACAGAGUUUGCUCAGAAAGAACAGCGUUUUGAAAACAGUGUUUUGUUGUAAACUAAUUCAAGUUCUAGUGAGCUGAUUCUCUUCUUAGUAUGUUGCUGAAGGCAGGAAACGUACCAUUUUAAACCCGAUCUAAACAUUUUGUAUAAAAAUAAACAUCCUUGUGCCAUUUUGACAUUCAGACAUGAAGGGUUUUGCUUGUUCUGUGAUAUUUCUAGAAAUUAGUGUUUAAAAAGAUUUAUUUACACUAUUUUGCAAGUUCAAAGUAAAUGUAUUUUAGAUUUUUUAGAAUUUGAUUUAGAUUUUUCUCAUUGAAUGAGCAUUUGUCAUUUGUACCAAGAUGCAUUUUGAUAUUCAGUAUUUUUUUCCCCCAUUGCUGCGUACAGAUCUUGUAAAAAAAAAAAUGCAGUCGUUGCUUUUUUUGGAUGCCUUUGUCAGUAACCUUUAUAAUGCUGCACUGUAUGUUCUAGCUGAAGCACCGUGGAUUGAUUGACAGCCUUCUCUUGAGAAUCAAGUGUAAUUUGAAUCUGAAUGUGUGAAAAAAGAAAUGUACUGAAAGAUGCUACUCAAUAUUUUGUCUUGAAUCAAAAAGGGCUGAAACAUAAUGUUGUAAAUUGACAGACAGUGCCUUGCCCAGGUUCUUCAUCACAUCUUGCUGCUUCAAGUCUUCCUUUCACCAAUGAAUAAAAGUCCAAUUAAACUGUAAA